AUGGCGGGGCAGACGACCGGCAACCAGCCCUUCAAUCCAUACCUCUCCAACGCACAACAAGAACUCCUCCUUGCCGCAUUGGCUUCAAACAACCCAUCCGCCAACCGCGACAGCUCAAAGCCUCCCGUCGACAUGAAUCCUCUCGAUUUCGACGACACCAGCCCGUAUCUGGAUUAUCUGGAUGGAGACACUAGCUUCGACUUCGACGCUUCCGAUCUGGGCGGUCAACACAUGUUCGAAAACAUGGGCAGCAAUGCUAGUAACAAGUCUGACUCGACCGAUGGUGAUAAGCCCGACAAGCGCAAGAGCCCAGAGGAUGAUUCGCCCGAGGACGAAGUCGACGCCAAAAGAAGAGAAGGUGAACCAAAGGAGGCCAAAAAGCCUGGCAGAAAACCCUUGACCUCGGAGCCUACUACUAAACGCAAGGCUCAGAACAGAGCUGCCCAACGUGCUUUCAGGGAACGCAAGGAGAAGCAUCUAAAAGACCUUGAGACCAAGGUAGAGGCUCUCAGCAAAGCUCAAGAACAGGACAAGCAUGAGAAUGGCAUUCUUCGUGCACAGGUCCAACGUCUUCAGUCCGAGCUCGGCGAGUACAAGAAGAGAAUAUCUUAUGGCAGUGGAGGCAUCGCUGCGAACUCACCUCCUUCGGCCCCUCGUGCUGGAUCAAGAAGCAACAGCAAUUCUCAAACCGACUUCCAGUUCGACUUCCCCAAGUUUGGUGCGCUUCCUGGCAACCAAUUGUUUGGCAACAACAUUCAAUCCAACCGCGAGAAGACUGUUAGCCCCUCUACUGGCCCCAAUGCCACCCUGCCAAGAACAAACAGCAUGGGUAGAAACCCAAGUCCUGGAACCCAAGUCAGCAACAACCAGAUGAGCUCAGGUAACAACUCUAGAAGCGGUAGCAUGAACAAGGGAACCAAUAGCCCUCUUGCUCAAGUCUCGGCCAUUGGCACCACUUACGCCGACCUCUUCAGUCCCUCUGCUCUUGGAAGCCUCAAUAAUGACUUCUUGAUGCAAAACACGAACAACAACGAUGGCCAAGCCUUUGCUCAAUACGCCGACAAUGGCACUGACAGUACUAGUGGCAUCUCCAGAGUCUUCAGAUUCAACAGUGGCUCUGCUUCUGCUUCUGCUUCUGGAACAAAUUCCAACCAGUCCCCCUCGGUUCCCGCACUCACACACUGCAAUACCUCUUCUUGCGGCACCUCUCCCGAAUCCUCAAACUCUCCUCCGUCCGAUAUCAACAAGUCGGGCAUCAACGACUUCAACGACAUUUACUCUUUCAAGCCUGCCAACUCUAACAACACUCAAAAAUCAGCACAGAACAGCGCAAUCACCAAUGCCUCGACCCCCGGUUUCGAUUGGCUUGCUGCACAGAACGGUGGUCAAUUUGAUCCUGUUCUCUUCGGCGACUACCGCGAAAGUCAGGAUGCCGUUGUCGGCGACGGUGAUUUCAACAGCGGCUUCUUCGAGGCUGCAUUCCCCUACGACUUGAACACACCGUUCGCCAUGAACGACUUCUCUUCCCCCAAGGCUCCUCAACAACAGACUUCGGCCAGCGCAAACUUGUUGGCCAAGGUUGAGAAGUGUCGUGAGGGUGGUGAUGAUGACGACAUUUGCCUGCCAACACAGGUCCCCGCUCAGCAAAACCAGCAGAGCAUCAACGAGAUGAGUUUGAAAUCGGCCGAACAGAUGCUCAAUUGCAACACGAUUUGGUCGCAACUACAAUCCAACCAAGACUUCAAAGAGGGCAAGUUUGAUCUCGACAACCUCUGUGCCGAGCUCCGUGCCAAAGCCAAGUGCUCGGAAUCUGGUGUCACAGUGCCAUCAGAGUACGUGGACGCCGCCUUCAAGAAGCUAUCGGGUACAAGGGAACAGGUUCCUAUCGAUGACUAUCAUGCCACGCAUUCUCAAGAGGGCAUCGAUUACCUUUUUAACCAAUAUUCUGUCGACGAAGCACUCAAGAAGCUUGGAGGCUAA